AUGUCAGGAGUCUUAUUACAAACUACCCCAGGCAAGAGAAUUGCCUUGCCGACAAGAGUCGAGCCAAAGGUUUUUUUUGCGAACGAGAGAACUUUUCUCAGUUGGUUGAACUUCACUGUUAUAUUGGGCUCCUUGGCCAUUGGUUUAUUGAAUUUUGGUGACAAAAUCGGAAGAAUAAGUGCUUCAUUGUUCACUUUGGUCGCAAUGUUUACAAUGGUCUAUGCCUUGGUCACUUAUCACUGGAGAGCUGCUGCUAUUAGGAAAAGAGGCUCAGGUCCCUAUGAUGACAGAUUUGGCCCAACAAUGUUGUGUUUUUUCCUAUUGGUUGCUGUUGUCAUCAAUUUCAUCCUAAGAUUUAGAGCAACAUGA